UUGCUAAAAAAAAAGAAAAUAAAAUAAAAACGGAAAAACGCGCGACUCCGCGACGACCACCCCUUAAAUUAAACGAUCUCAGUGCAUGGUGUAAGAUAGAGUGGCCUCGGAUGAUGCCCGUUCGACGAUUAUCAGUGCGUAUGUGGGGGUGACUACAGGAGUGAUGGGGCGGGGGCAAAGCCCCAUGGAGCUCGGCUAGGAGCGUGUUGAGGGCAGCCCGGCCCCUCUGCUCCUUAGCCGAACCCGGCCGACUUAUGGAUCCGGUUGGGGAUCGGUCGUUAAGGCCGAGCGCCUUUGAUAAGAUGGAGGGGCUGGUGCAAGAGAUGCAGGAUCCAGAGAAUGGUGUACCAGUACGAAGUCAGAAGCUUUUUUUAACAUCAAUACCCUCCGCAUUUAUGGGAUAUGACCUGAUUGAGUGGUUAAUGGAACGACUUGGAAUUGAAGAGUCCGAGGCCCUAAAUCUGGCAAAUCAACUCUGCCAAUACGGCUACUUUUUUCCUGUCAACGAUUCCAAGAAUCUCGCCGUAAAAGACGACAGUUCUUUAUAUAGGUUUCAGUCCCCAAACUAUUGGCCGUUUCAACAUAGACCACCCGAUCAAGUCGAAUAUGCCAUUUAUUUAGCGAAGAGAACGAUGAGAAACAAGCAACGUCACGGUUUGGAGGAUUACGAAUUGGAAGCGCUUGGAAACCUGCGAAAAAAUCUCGUUAACAAAUGGGAGUACAUCACAAGUCAUGCAGAAGAACAGGCGAAAGCGGCGAAAAUGUUGAAAAAAGGUGAAAAAGUUGUGAGUGAUUCGCAAGAAAGGGCCUAUUGGAGGAGCCACAGACCUCCGCCUGGUUUCGUUAGUUCGUUAGAACAAUGCCCCGUUCCCGUUAAAAAUAGGAAUGGCCCUAAAUUACGUAAGAAAGCCCUAGAAGAUUGCCAAAGAGAGGUUGAUAUGUUAAAAAGAAGUUUAUCCAGGACGAGAAUAAAAGUAUCGCAAGCAUUGGAAAGUAUGGUGCAACACGUGGAAACGUACACGGAAUAUGAUCCGAUGAUUACUGGCACGUUGCCUUCAAAUCCUUGGGUUUCGGAAGAUGCAACAUAUUGGCAACAAAACUCUCCGUUUGUUGAAGUACCAACAGAAAAACGAGUAAAACGUUGGGGUUUAUCGAUGGAAGAAUUGGUUAGGGAUCCGACCGGUAUACAAGAGUUUACGAAUUAUUUAAGAAAAGAGUAUAGUCAUGAGAACAUCCGGUUUUGGACGGCGGUGAACGAUUUAAGAAGAUCGUCACAGUCGCAAAUACAACGAAAAGUCCAGGAUAUUUUUGAAGAAUUUUUAGCACCAGGCGCUCCUUGCGAAAUCAAUAUUGAUGGUAAAACGAUGGAAAGAGUGCACCACGAAAUGAAGAACCCAACCCGAUUUACAUUUGAUGCGGCUCAAGAUCACGUUUACACCCUUCUGCUCAAAAAGGAUUGUUAUCCGCGUUUUAUCCGUUCGGAACAUUAUAAAAAUUUAUUGGCCAAUGGGAAACAGCCUUUACAAAGAAAAAGAUUCUUUGGUUUUGGCCCGGCGAAAAAGAAAAUAUCAUCAACGGCACCUCCAAAUCCCGCGGCUCUUCUCCAACAUCAAACUCCAUCGGGAAGUUCGGUUGCUGGGGCGUUAACAAAACGAAGAGGUAGCGAUCGCAGUCUUUCCGGUUCAGCUCAUGAACUCGCCGUUUCCGGUGUUAGAGACACCAGAGUGCCACAUUCGCAUUCGCAAAGUAAUCUUAGCGACAUUCCUUACAGGGGCGACCUCGCGUGCCACUCCAAAGCUCCGUUGACGCACCUUCAAAGCCCGGCCGAAGUUGCGGAUGAACAACAAGAAACUGACACCGAAUCCUCAUCUUCACGCAGGGUGAAGAAACCAUCAAUAGCCGUAAUAGCUGGUGCUUCAACAUCUGAAGACGUUUGCCCUUGGGAACAAACGGAACCACCGCGAUCACGAAAAAAUUCAAUUCAAUUAGAUUCCGGGAGUUCAUCAUCAGAUGUAAGCGUGGCAAUCGUUUCCGAUGUUUCGGACCGUUUAAGAAGACAAUGCGGCAUUCAACAACAAUUUACUUUGGAUGGUGAUAAUCGGGGUCGCGGUCAAUCUUCAUCACGAAGACUUUCGACGGCAUCUUACGUAGUUGAUGCCACAAGAAGGGCAUCGAUUUCGGCACCUCUUCCGGUUACAACAUCCGAAUCGAGUAUACAACCGAAAAGGGCUGCUUCUUCAUCGGAUGAGUGCCCCCAAACGGAAACGGAAAAGGACAAUAAUAAUGUUGCUUCUUCUUCUACGCAAAAAACAUUUAAAAAGAGUCAUAGUCUAGUUAAGACGUGCUCUGUAACAGGUGCAAAUGCUCCUAUUAUUAGUGUUAGUUCAGUGGCGGACGAUAAUUACGUUGUUAUUGAAGAAAAUAAAGAGAUUAAGGAAAAUGAAAAGGCAAAAAUUGAAGAACCCGAUGAUAAUAAUGAUGAUAAUAAUGAAAAUGAAAGAAACGAGAAAGGAAAAAAUAAAAUGACCGAUGUUGUUUUAGUUUACGAGGAAUUAAUCGAUGAAAUUCCUAGUACAAGCGGAGCUUUAUCAACAACAAUAACUUCAAGUAGUAAACAAUUAGCUCCUUUGGCUGAACCAGAUUGUGAAUCACCGAUAAGUGAAGUUGCGCCGGAAACCCCCGGUGACGGUGAUGGCCAAGAUGCUGAAGCUAAAUCGAACGACGUUUGUCCAUGGGAAGAUGAGGAGUCGUGCAAAGUGGACACCCCGUUCGUCAAGACUUAUGCCACACUCGGUUAUUUAUAAAAUGUCUACUUAAAAAAAGAUAUUUAGAAAAAUAAUUAAAUAAAACCAAGAAAACCCCACAAAA